AUGGGGACUUCUCGCAGCUGGAGCUGUCUAGUUGCACUUCUGUAUCUCCUCAGUUUGGGUGUUGAGAUUCUUUGUGAUUGUACUCUGAAAGGUGUGGAAAUAGAGGGAGGUGAAUAUAGGCUGUCCAAGAAUUUGGAGCCAGGCAGCCAACUCAUCUACUACUGUCAGGAUGGCUACUAUCCCGACCCUGCUUUGACUCGCAUCUGCCUGCCUAAUGGGUCCUGGAGACCCUCACCCAGAAAGUUUCAACCGCAGAAAUGCAAACGUGUUGAAUGCCCUGACCCAAAUGUGUUACAAAAUGGAAACGUCUUCCCUGGUCAGGAAAAGUACUACGUGGGCGAUGUAACAUCAUAUAAUUGCUACUCUGGAUACACAAUGAGAGGCUCGCCCAAUCGGGUUUGCUUACAAAAUGGGAAAUGGAAUGGCUCCACUCCAAUCUGCAGCCGCGAUUCCGGAGAUGCCUGUCCUGAUCCUGGAGUACCGCCUGGAGCCUCAAGAGUGGGAAACAUGUUUGGGAUUGACGAUAGAGUGAAAUACAGCUGUAAUGGCAACCUGUUUUUGAUUGGCUCUAAGGCGAGAGUGUGUCAGGAGAACGGCCAGUGGACAGGAAUAGAGCCAGCAUGUUACUUCAAGCACACAUAUGACACCCCAAAAGAGGUUUCAGAAGUAUUUGGAAGUGCCAUCAAAAAGAUCCUAACCAUCAGUCAGUCCCUCAAUGAUAUCCAAGAAGGGAGAUCAAUCAGGAUUUCCAAAAAUGGGACUCUCAAUAUCUAUAUUGCUAUCGACGUUUCUGAGAGUACCAACAAAGCUCAUUUUAAUCAGUCAAGAGAUGCUGUUAUUACUCUGAUUAAAAAGAUCUCCUCCUUCAGUGUGUCACCAAACUACGAUAUCAUCUUCUUCUCGUCUGACAUUUACAGGGUGGUCAACAUUCUUGAUUUUUACAACACAAUAAAACUAAAUUCAGUUAUAGAAAACCUGAAAAACUUUACAGUAGGAAACAAGAACACUGGAACUGAUCUGAACCUGGCCUUCAAAACAUUUGAGGUUCAAAUGGGUUUUAUAAAGGAACGAGUUGGAGAAGAGCGAUUCAAAGAUCAUCGGCAUGUCCUGAUCUUUUUCACAGAUGGUGGCUACACCAUCGGUGGUUCUCCUGAACCUACUGUUGCUAGAAUAAAGAACAUGGUUUACAUGAAUCAACAUGAUUCAGCUAGAUCAAGAGAGGAAUAUCUUGACAUCUAUGUCUUUGACAUUGGGACUGAGAUCUUUAAUGAAGACCUGCAACUCCUCACUACAGGAACAGGAGGCAGACAUUACUUCAUAUUGAAUGAAAUUUCAGAAUUACUGGAGACCUUUGAUAAUUUAAUUGAUGAAAGUGAAGUCGUCGGACUGUGUGGUCUUCAUAGAGAUUAUGAAACCACAGGGGACAAAAUAGACAAGAGGAGAAGAUAUCCAUGGCUGGCUUUCGUUCUCCAGUUUCAGGAGACAGGACGAACAAUGUGCAUGGGCUCACUGGUGUCGCCUGACUUUGUCCUGACUGCUGCUAGCUGCUUCCUCUUUGGAGCUCUACCAGAAAAUAUAAGGAUCGACAUCGAAGAUGGAGGCAAAAGAGAGAAAAAAGUGAAAGAAAUCAAGCUGCACAGAAACUAUAACCGCACUGCCAAAGUAAACGAGGGAGUUGCUGAGUUUUAUGACUACGACGUGGCUCUUAUCCGACUGGAAGAACCUGUGAGGAUCUCUGAAGUUGCAAGACCAAUAUGUAUCCCUUGCACCCAGGAGACCAGCGAUGCUCUUAACCUGGUUGGCGAAUCAACAUGCAAGCAACAAG